UCCUUGAUACGUAAUUUCUUUGCGACGCGUGCGCCGUAUCCCUUGAAAGGGACAGUCGAUGCGUUUUUUAUGCUUUUCUGUUAUUUUUUACCCAGCGUUGAUCUCUAAAUUAAUAAAACACGAAGAGCAGACAUGUCUUUGGCAUUGUCGCGCUGUUUGUGGAGGGUUUUUUCCCGGCAGACUGUCCCGUCACGUGUGAUUUUCGGGGAAAAUCCACAUGCUGUGAGGGGUCCCUUGGUUGUUCCUGUGAUGGAGCUGAAGACGUCAGCCCCCCUGAGAGCUGAGCCAAAAAAGAAAAAAAAAGUGGAUCCACGGCGGGAGCAGAUGAUGAGGGAGCGGCUGAGGAAGAAGCUGAAAAAGCUGGAGAAGGUUCCACCUGAGCUCAUUCCCAUAGAGGACUUCAUCACUCCCAUCAAAUGCUUGGAUGAAACAAGGAAACGUGCUGCUCCAGAUCUGUCAUUUGAAGAGAGUGAGAGCCGAGCGCUGCUGCUGAAGGACUGGAGUCGAUACAAACAGCAACAACACAAGGCUGAAGUAGAGGCUAUUGAACUGGCUUUGGAGGCGCAGAGAGAGGCGCUGGAGGAGCUAAAGCUGGAGUCUGAGGAGCUGUACCAAUCGGCUCUGAAGCCAGACCCACAUCUGUUUCCCUUCACCCGCGAGGGUCCCUCAUACACGCCCCCAAUACCAAAUUAUGACGCCCCGGAUGGAAAGUAUAAUGACAUCACAAAGGUGUACACACAGUGAUGGACAGUGGAGCGCUGUUUGUGCAACUCCAGAGGACUGCUUUCACAUGUUUGAGCUUCACUUGAGUCAAGAUGAAGCAUGUUUGAGAGCCUGCAGGAGAGAUGAGCCUUUCUGCCUUCAUGUAUGUUCAGUUAUGAAGGCCAAAGUCACAUAUCAUCAAUGCAAACUGUGGAUCCAUUUUUUUCUAUUUUAAGAAACUUAAAAUAAAAAAUGUCUACGGUUUCA